AUGCAAACUCUGAUUUCGGUCGUCCUUUUUGGACUUCUGUCCAUUUCGUCGGUUCAGUGCCGCCUCUCGCACUACACCAUCUUCAAGAGCUUCCCACAGGCCCUUCAGGAGUGCGCCGAAUAUCUGGAAGUGUCCAACUGCACCCUACAGCGAUACGUCGAAGAUUCGUACCCAAACUGCGAGAUCGUCAAAAAGUUGCUCCACUGCACGCUGCUCAAUCUGGUCGCGUGGAAGGAAGACAGCGGCGUGGAACAUCACGUGAUGGUAAGCUUCUUCGAACCGGCGCCGCAGGACACCUGCUACGAGAAUCGGACGGCGGAGUGUGUACGAAAUGUGCUGGCGAGCUGCCAGGAUAAGCUGAGUCAGGCGUACGAGGUGUUCCAGUGCUACUACCGGCAGUAUGGGAACAUUCGCGAGUCCAAGCAGUGGAUCCCGAACACUGCGAAUGAGUUCAACGAGCUCAUCUCGUUGGCGAUCGAGCUGGCCAACGUGCCCCGGUGCGAGCGGAUUCAGUACGCCCGGGGGAACAUCCUCGACCAGCCGAGUUUCGCGCGGGCAUUCAUGAUUGGGUGUGUCCGAGCGGGGUACUACAGCUUGCAGGAUGGUGUUUAUCUGAGUAGUUUCUACACGGAGUUUGGCGUGCCGGAGGUGCUGACCAAGCAGACUGAGGAGUGUGUUGCGGCGGUCAGUAGGCAGUAUUGUGACUCUGAUCACAAAACACGACUGUACCACAUCUUCAAGAAAUGCUUGGCAGAUGUAUUACCGACGUUGUCGUUGGUCCAACAACUUCAGGCGCAGGAAGUGGGAACGGAUCUGUGCGGGUUUGUCUGA